CAAUGUGACAGUCGACAGAAUAGAUGUCCGCGAAGGCUGGAUCGACCGUCUGACAUUCUACUACCGGACAUUGGACAACCAAAUACCAGUUACUACCAUCCCCCUCCAAUAAUAGACACAUUUUUUACUAUCCUCAUUAUUUAUUUAGUUACUACAUAUUGAGUACCUAUUAUUAUUGUUGUUGUCAUUGUUGAUAACGGCGUUCGAUACUUGUUACAGUGGACAUUGCGCACAUCGCUGCCUUUUUACGUAAUAAAAUUAUUGUUAAAACGUAUUUUAUUCAUUUCUCUCGUAGUGAUAACACGUUGUAAGUUGUAACUUGUCUGUUUUUUAGUCGUACCGUAGCGAUUAUUUACGGCGAGCUCAUUAAUAGUAUAAUUUAUCGCGCGUCGUCGGUCAAUCGAUUGCCGACGAUUAAACGACUUGUCGAGUAGUGUAUGGUUUUGUGAUUUCCUGGCCGGUCUACGGAGUUUUUCAACUAAUUGCAACAGAUUGUUGAGUGAUAUAUAAUUUAAUUUCAAGAUGUCUGAAAGUGUACAGACUGAAACAAUUACAAAGCCUGAAAAAAAUGCAGCCGAUAGUACUUCAAUAGCAAAAAAAAAUAGUAUUCUUAGACACCGUAAAAUACCCUCUGCUGAUUUAAAUAAUAAAUCAGAUGAAUUAAUAGCAGAGAAAACUGAUUUAUUAUCUGGCCCUUCAAAUGGAAACAAUGAUAUGGUAUGUAGCUUAUCCAAUGAAACAAAUGAAAAUAUGGAUAUUGGCACUAUGGCCCAAGCAGAGUUUCAGCAUGUUGCUGCUCAAGCCCGUGAUCUUGGCCGUAAAAUGUGGAAUGUGUGUAAUUUCCACAACUUACCUCAAUGGCUCCAGGAUAAUGAUUUCUUACAUACAGGGCACAGACCACCAUUGAAUUCAUUUCAGGCAUGUUUUCAAUCUAUUUUUCGAAUUCAUACUGAAACUGGAAACAUAUGGACACAUUUGUUAGGAUGUAUUGCGUUUUUUGUUAUGACUCUUUACUUUGCAUCUAGACCUGAAGAAGAACUUUCGUUUCAAGACAAAUUAGUUUUCAUUAUAUACUUUAUCGGAGCAAUUACUUGCAUGGGUUUUUCAUUUGUGUUUCAUACUGUUCAUUGCCAUUCAGAAACUGUUGGCAAAUUUUUUAGCAAAUUGGAUUAUUGUGGAAUUGCCAUACUAAUAAUGGGUUCAUUUGUGCCAUGGUUAUACUAUGGAUUUUAUUGCGAGCCAUAUUCAUGGAUAUUGUAUUUAAUAUUGAUUGUUGCACUGGGAAUGGUGGCAAUGGUCGUAGCACUAUGGGACAAAUUCAGUGAUCCUGGCCUUAGGCCACUCAGAGCAGGUGUUUUUACAACAUUUGGAUUGAUUGGUGUUAUACCAGCACUUCAUUAUGGAGCUGUCGAAGGAUUCUUUUCUAACUUUACAUUGAUAAGUCUUGGUUGGCUGUUACUCAUGGGCUUUUUAUAUAUCUCUGGUGCUUUGUUAUAUGCGUUAAGAGUACCAGAAAGAUUUUUUCCUGGAAGAUGUGAUUUAUUGUUUCAAAGUCAUCAGAUAUUCCACGUACUUGUUAUAUUGGCGGCAUUUGUUCAUUACCACGGUAUUACCAAAAUGGCAGAAUACCGGCUGAGCAAAGGUGAAUGUGAAGUACGUCCUGCUGUUGUUUAGUACUAGAUUUUGGUAGGUGAUGGACUUCUUUUAAAUUAUUCAACUGUUAGUUGUCCAAUUUGAAGGAGAACCGAGUUUCCAUUCUGACAGAAAUGAUUAAAAUACAAUUAUGUUAUUUAAUUCAGAUAAAAAUGUAUAACCUAAAAACUAAAAGAAAAUUUUUUUUAAAGAUUACGUUAAAAUUUAGUUU